UAGGGGGCCUAAGAAAAAGUGCGUUCGACCACGUCCACGUCUUGAUAUCCCAUGAUCCUUUUCUCUUCGCGUGCAUAGCCGCAAUGGGUAUCGACAUAAACCAUAAAUACGACCGUAAGGUCGUCCGUAGGCGACCCAAGAGCGAGAAUGUCUACCUUGGCCUGCUCGUCAAGGUCUACCGCUUCCUGGCUCGCAGGAGCGGCGCAAAGUUCAACAGGAUUGUCCUCAAGCGUUUGUUCAUGAGCCGCAUCAACAAGCCGGUCAUAUCACUCGCACGAGUGACCCGCUUUAUGAAGAAGCCAGGACGCGAGAACCUGAUCGCCGUUGUGGUCGGCACAGUCACCGACGAUCUUCGCCUCUACGACGUGCCCAAGCUGCGCCUGUGUGCCCUGCGUGUGACGGAGCGCGCCCGCGCCCGCAUCCUGAAGGCAGGCGGGGAGAUCCUCACCUUCGACCAGCUGGCUGUCCAGGCACCCAAGGGCAAGGGCACCGUCCUCAUGCAGGGUCCACGAAACUCCAGGGAGGCUUGCCGCCACUUCGGACCCGCCCCCGGCGUCCCACACAGCCACACCAAGCCGUACGUGCGGUCCAAGGGACGCAAGUUCGAACGUGCCCGCGGCCGCAGGAAGAGCCGCGGCUACAAGGCCUGAGCGCAACCUACUGGCCGGUCUGGGCCACAAUAAAAAUGAAGAACACCCCCA